AUGUUCGGCCGGCUGGCUUCGCUUUUUGGCGGCCCCAAAAUCCAGUAUAUUGUGGUAAACUACGAAAAGAAAGAAUACCGGAUCACAUUCACUGCCGAAGACUAUACGGACAACUCAGUGACGGUUGGAUCUCUGCGCAACAUGCUAGCCAAGCAGUUCAAAGUGCCGGUCACUCACCUUAGUUUAUUUGUGCUCAAGCCGCAGCGAAAGAUGUCCAAUAACAAGGCGUCCCUGGAAGACUACGGACUUAUCAAUGGCGGCACAGUGGUUGCUGUCUUCAAGCGCACUGACGAAGCCGAUCCAGCGCCUGCUCCGGCCCCGAAAGCAACGACGGCCCCCCUUUCUCCCAAGCAGCAACUAGACGCUGUCGCCAAGGCUGUAGAUGCGGAACUGGGAGAGGACCGGAUCAAUGCAUUUAUCAAAUCUCCACCAGCUGACGCGAAGGCCCGCGAUAAGGAGUACCGGCUGCUCAGCGAGAUCAUUCUCCAGAACACUAUUAAGCUAGACAAUGUGGACGUUUCAGGCUCCCAGGACCUCAGACUCGAACGCAAGGCUCUGAUCAACAAAUUCCACGAGUACCACGCCGAUAUUGACGCCGCCAACGAGGGCAGAACAGCCCCGUCGAGUCCCAGCCCUAGUCCAAGCCCAAAGCCCACUGGCGGGAAAAAGAAGAGAAAGAACAAGAAGAAAUAG